AUGGACGGCAACGAAGCGUAUUAUUCGGUUGAUCCUGAUCAAUUUGGGGAGACAAUUAUAACGCUGUACGACAAUGCACUUACUUCGUGCCAUCAGAUCAGACAAAUACAUCCGUUUCUACUUCCGGCGCUAAAGUUUCCACCGGAUCUCUUCCUAAGCUCGGUUGGCCUGCUCGAGGAAUACGUGUGCCAAAUUCGUGAUCGGUUAAAAAUAGCUUAUCAGAAAUGUUCAAUGAUUCUGAAAGCGUACGCCAGGGAAUAUACAGCUUACUUGGAUUUUUAUAAUCUGAAAGUUGCAGAGUACAUUCAGAAAUUCAAGGAUGAAGAACACAACACGGCGGAGAUCAAGGAGGAAAUUACUUUUCAUAAAACAAUGAUUUCCAAUCUUGACUUUACCUUGCCGAAAAAGAUCUCGAUUGGUCCUUUCAACGUAAACGUGCGACCCCUUAAGAAUUUUCUCAUGGGAAAACGCGACGAGUGUGCAACCGGGUUGCUCGUCAUGUUUACAGAAAGAUUGCGGGUUGAAGUUGACAACAUCCUGGAGGAAUACACGCAAAUAAGAUAUAAAUUGAAGGAGGUGCCACAAAGCAUCGAGCAUAUAUUUGAAAUUCGCGACUGGAUGGAAACGAUACCUUUACGGGUUCAAGAUCUUCAGGAGAAGAUGGAAAUAUUAAAAUUGGACUUUGAUAUUCUCGACAGUUUCUACUGGAACCUAUCUGACGAAGAUUUCGAGGCUAAAUGGCUAGUUAUUGGUUCUCCGCUUCAGAUAGAAAAUGAGAUCGAUGAAACCAAUGAAAGAUUUGUCGAGGAACAGGACAAGUUCUACAAGAUCCAAAUUCAGGACGAGGUGUUGCUAUUGGAAAGAAUCGACACUCUCGUAGGAAAUGUGUCGAACAUUGGUCUUCAAACGGAUAUCAAUCGUGUACACGAGACUGCACUGGACGUGAAACGGGUUUGGAAGGGGAUGACAGAUUGUCGUGAGAUGGGUUUGCUGUUAAACGAACGACAGAAACUGUUCGGCAUGAAAGUUGUUCCUUUUGAGCAUUUGCACAAGCUUAUGAGGGAGUUUGAACCGUACAGAAGUUUGUGGGUCACUGCUUCAGACUGGCUCAGAUGGUACGAAGUAUGGAUGGAUAAUCCUCUUAUCAAUGUCGAUGGUAGUCAAAUAGAGUCUCUUGUCAUGGAUAUGUAUCGAGUGAUUACUCGAGGAGUUAGAACCUUUCAGGAAUUCCCGAAGGUACAGGCAAUAGCAACAACCAUAAGGGACCAAAUAGACGAGUUCAAGCCUUACAUUGGCCUGAUACAAGCUCUACGAAAUCCGGGAAUGAAAGACCGCCAUUUCGAUCAAUUGAGUGCCCAAACGGGAAUACAAAUGGCGUUAACACCUUCAAUGACGUUCAAAACCUUAUUAUUUCUUGGCAUUGAAGAAUUUGAGGAACUAGUAAAGACCGUAGCUGACACUGCGGCCAAAGAAUACGCUACUGAACGAACGCUGAACAAGAUGAUCGUCGAAUGGGAAACAAUUGUCAUGGAGAUACUUCCUUACAAGGCUACAGGAACAUACAUAAUGAAGGUUACCGAAGAAACCUUGAUGCUUUUAGACAACCAUAUUCUCAACGUGCAGCAACUUGCUUUCAGUCCCUUAAAAACCGUAUUUGAAGACGAAAUCAACGAGUGGGAGGAGAAGCUGAAAUUAACGCAAGAAGUGUUAAUCCUCUGGAUAGAGGUGCAAAGAGAUUGGAUGUACUUGGAGCCAAUAUUCACUUCGGAGGAUAUUACAAUUCAAUUACCUGUAGAGGCGAGAAGAUACAACGCCAUGGAAAGAAAUUGGAGACGAAUCAUGAAAAAUGCCAAGGAUAACCCUUACAUUAUCGAGAUAUGUCCCGACAGCAACCUCUUGGAAAGUUUACAAGAAUGUAAAAGUUUGCUAGAAAUGGUACAGAAAGGUCUGUCCGAUUACUUGGAAGUGAAAAGGAAAGUUUUCCCGCGAUUCUACUUCCUCAGCGACGAGGAACUGUUGGAAAUUUUAGCACAAGCUAAGAACGUUCACGCGGUACAACCCCAUCUGAGAAAGUGUUUCGAGAAUAUACAACAGGUGAAAUUCGAGAGUGAUCUAGAGAUCACGAGAAUGUAUUCAGCAGAGGGUGAAGAGGUAAUAUUUCGACCUUCGAUGUAUCCCGUGAGAAGCGUGGAAUAUUGGUUGGGUGAUUUGGAGAAUGUGAUGCGUAAUACCAUCAGAGAGAUCAUCCGCGAAGCUCUUAGUAUGAUCGAUUCGAUUUCAAGGAAAACAUGGGUUUAUAUGUGGCCGGGUCAAAUAACCCUCUGCUGUGGGCAAACCUACUGGACAGCACACGUAGAAAAUGGUAUCCUCCGCAAUAAUUUGCGAGCUUAUUACGAGGAGCUGUUGGAACAUCUCGACGAUCUUCGCGACUUGGUGCGUGCUCCACAAACGGAUGUUCAGAGAUUGAUGCUAGAAGCUGUGAUCACCAUUGAGGUGCAUGCAAGGGAUGUCCUACAUAGAUUGAUCGAGGAAAAAGUUUCAAACGUUAAUGAUUUCGACUGGAUAUCACAGCUACGAUAUUAUUGGGUGGAUGAUAGCGAGCUGAAGGUGCGAGCAGUGAACGCUGAAUUUUCUUACGGAUACGAAUAUCUCGGGAAUACUGGAAGAUUGGUUAUUACUCCGUUAACCGAUCGAUGUUAUCUGACUCUCACUGGAGCUUUACAUUUGAAAUUUGGCGGAGCACCAGCUGGCCCGGCGGGAACUGGGAAAACGGAAACAACCAAAGAUCUCGCGAAGGCGUUUGCUAUUCAGUGUGUCGUCUUCAAUUGCUCUGAUCAGCUUGAUUUCAUGUCUAUGGGGAAAUUCUUUAAGGGUCUUGCCAGCGCAGGUGCGUGGGCGUGUUUCGACGAGUUCAAUAGAAUCGACAUCGAAGUGCUGUCCGUCAUCGCUCAACAAAUUACAACGAUCCAACAAGCGCAACAGAUGCGCGUUGAAAUAUUCGUUUUCGAAGGGGAUGAAAUCGUGUUAAAGCCAUCGUGUGCUGUUUUCAUCACCAUGAAUCCUGGUUAUGCUGGUCGCACGGAACUGCCAGAUAACUUGAAGGCUUUGUUCCGCCCGGUAGCUAUGAUGGUACCAGAUUAUGCGUUGAUCGCUGAAAUUUCAUUGUUUUCUUACGGCUUCACCGACGCGAAAACCUUGGCAGGGAAGAUCACUACCACCUUCAAGCUGAGCUCGGAACAAUUGAGCACACAGGAUCAUUACGACUUCGGAAUGCGAGCAGUGAAGACUGUAAUAGCAGUGGCAGGGAAUUUAAAAAGGGAACAGAAAGAUCUGAACGAACAACAGAUUUGCUUACGUGCACUCAGAGAUGUAAACGUUCCGAAAUUUUUGAAAGACGAUCUGACAUUAUUUAAUGGUAUCGUAUCGGACCUCUUCCCACUUUUGGAAGAGAAACAUGUGGAUUAUGGAAUCUUGGAAGCAGAAAUUCGAGCAUCGAUCAGGAAGAUGGGUAUGGAAGAAAUUGACGAGUUCGUGAAGAAAGUUAUCCAAUUGUAUGAGACGACAGUGGUGCGACACGGAUUAAUGCUGGUAGGACCAACUGGGUCAGCAAAAACCAAAUGUUACGAAGUACUGCAACAGGCAUGCACUAAAUUAAAGGGUCAACCACAACCCAGUGGUAAACCAUUUACACGGGUGCUCACACACGUUUUAAAUCCAAAAUCGAUUACGAUGGGUCAACUGUACGGUGAAUACGAUCUGAACACACGCGAAUGGACCGAUGGUAUAUUCUCAACAUUACUCAGAGCUGGAAUAGCAACAGACGAUGAUAAUAAACGUUGGUAUGUAUUCGAUGGACCGGUCGAUGCUUUAUGGAUCGAGAAUAUGAAUACGGUAUUAGACGAUAAUAAAAAACUAUGUUUGUCAUCCGGUGAAAUAAUGAAAAUCCUACCCACAAUGACGAUGAUGUUCGAGGUGGCUGAUUUAAGAGUGGCUUCGCCAGCUACUGUUUCCAGGUGCGGCAUGGUGUACUUAGAACCGGAGGGCCUUGGUCUCGAACCCCUUGUCAAUUGUUGGCUAAAAUCUUUACCCAAGAAUAUGACCCACCACGUUGACGGUAUAGCCGAGUUAACAGGCCAUUAUUUAUUGCCUGGUUUGCAAGUUUUACGCAGCAGUUUACACGAAAUAGUAAGCACCGUCGAUUCCGGAAUGGUACAAUCUUACAUAAAUCUAAUGAACUUCCGUAUUGGACCCAUGGCCGGUCGAGAUGGGAGACCUCCACCUGCUGCACCCUUUCAACAAUUAAUCCCUACUUUGCUGUCACCUUGGGCUGCUUUCGCUGCAGUAUGGAGUCUCGGAGCGAGCAGUGAUUACAAUAGUCGUUGUAUAUUUAGCGAAUGGAUCAGACAGGUCCAAAAAGACAAACAACACCCCUUACCGUUUCCUAAAGAUGGUUUGGUGUUUGAUUACAGAUUGCACGACGGUGGUUUCACUGAUCCGAUCGAAAGCCAUGAGCCAGUUGCACCGAAAUGGUACAAAUGGUUGGACGACAUCCCGUCGGUCACGAUUACACCGGAAAUGAAAUUUGCUGAUAUCGAAGUACCAACAAUGGACAGUGUCAGAAGCGCAACAUUGGUCGGCUAUUUAUUGAUCAAUGACUCAAACGCACUAUGCAUCGGUCCAACCGGAAGUGGGAAGACCCUCGCUAUAAGCACCAAAUUGUCCAGAAAUAUGCCGAAGAAAUUUAUUUGUGAUUUCAUUACUUUCUCAGCUAGGACCACUGCCAACCAAACUCAAGACUUGAUCGACGAGAAGCUAACGAAAAGACGCAAAGACGUGUACGGACCGCCAUUGUUGAGGAAGCAAGUCUUUUUCAUCGACGAUUUGAACAUGCCUGCUCUUGACACAUAUGGUGCUCAGCCGCCUAUUGAACUGAUUCGCCAGUUUAUGGAUUUUGAAGGUUGGUACGAUCGAAAGGAGAUCGGAUCAUUCAGACGGAUUGAAGAUGUAAAUUUCGUUGGAGCGAUGGGACCACCCGGUGGCGGAAGAAAUCCAGUAACAGCCAGACUGCUGCGACAUUUUCAUUUCAUUGCAUUCCCAGAAAUGGAAGACGACGCCAAGAGACACAUCUUUGGUACAAUUUUGAAUUCCUGGUUAUCUAAAACGCUUUUCGCAAACAUGCUCGAUAUUUUUCUUGGAACCACGUUGAAUUUGUACACCACGAUUUGCAAGGAAUUAUUACCAACUCCGCACAAGUCACAUUACACUUUCAAUUUACGUGAUCUCAGCAAGGUGUUCCAAGGGAUGCUGAUGAUGAAUCCGCAAAAAAUCGAGAUACGUGAGAACCUGUUACGACUUUGGUAUCACGAAAAUGUAAGAGUCUUCAGCGAUCGGUUGAUCAACGAUACUGAUCGAACCUGGUUCGAUGAUCUUUUAAGAGAAACGAUGAGAAAGAAAUUCAAAAUCGAUCCUCAAAUGGUCGUUGGUGAAACAAUGUUAUUUUACAGUGAUUUUUGUGCGGCAAACAAAGAAUACGAGCAAAUAACCGAUAUGAAAAAGAUGGAACAUAUGUUGAACGAGUUUUUGGAGGAUUACAAUGCUACAACAACAUCCCCUAUGAAAUUAGUUCUUUUUCAAGAUGCGAUUGAUCACAUAUGUAGGAUCAAUCGAAUAUUGCGACAACCUAGGGGGAAUGCUCUUCUUUUAGGAAUGGGAGGAUCAGGGAGACAGAGUUUAACGCGUCUAGCCGCGCACAUACAAGAUUACAAUUGUUUUCAAAUCGAGCUCAGCGGCGCUUAUACCACCCAUGAUUGGCGCGAUGACAUCAAACAUUCGAUGAUGAAGGCUGGGGUGCAGGCUCAACUUAUGGUGUUUUUAUUUUCAGACACACAGAUCAAAGAUGACUCUAUGCUGGAGGAUUUAAACAGCGUUCUGAAUAACGGUGAUGUGCCAAACAUAUAUCAAAUGGACGAGAUGGAAAGGAUAUACCACUCGAUGCGUGGCCAGGUACAGGAAGCUGGUCUACAGAUCAAUAGAAGCAAUCUUUUCUCCGCCUAUGUGAAGACGGUUCGCAACAACCUGCAUGUUGUCAUUACGAUGAGCCCGAUCGGGGAAAUAUUUCGAGCUCGUAUCAGACAAUUCCCAGCACUAGUGAAUUGUUGUACAAUCGAUUGGUUUUGUCCAUGGCCAGCAGCUGCUCUGCAGAGUGUAGCGAUGCGGUUUCUUACCGACAUCAAAGACGAAUCGAUCAACGCAGACAUCCUAAGGUCCAUCGUGAAAUUGUGUGAAUACAUGCAGUCCAGCGUGAUCGAAGCCAGUGAUCUUUAUUUAAAAGAAUUGAAUCGUCACAACUAUGUUACCCCUACGUCAUACCUGGAACUACUUUCUAAUUACGGCAAUCUUCUGGGGAAAAAGAAAACCGAGUUAAAGUCAGCAGAGCAUCGUCUAUCCGCAGGUUUAGAUAAACUGGCGAGUGCGGAGGUAGAGGUAAAGAAGAUGCAAGAAUUAUUAGCCAGCAUGAAACCACAAUUGGAGAAAGCGGCCGAGGCGACAGCCAAGAUGAUUGAAAGGAUUACGCAUGAUACCAUCGAAGCAGAAAAGACGAAGGCAGGGGCGAAAGAACAAGAAGCUAUAGCGGCAAAGCUGAAGAUAGAAAACCAAAUGAUCAGAGACGAAGCGGAAGCUGAUUUAAGUGAAGCACGUCCAAUGUUGAUUGCCGCCGAGAAAAGUUUAAAGGCCCUGAAUAGAAACGACAUUACCGAGGUAAAAGCAAUGAAAAGACCACCGGUUGGUGUACUUCUGGUUAUCGAAACUGUUUGCAUCAUAAAUAACGUGAAACCAGUCAAGGUGGACACAGGUACAUUUGGUAAGGGAGCAGUAAAGCUAGAUUACUGGGGACCUGGUAGCCAAAUGCUCGCUGAUCCAGGUCACUUUUUGUACACGAUGGAAAAUUAUGAUAAAGAAAAUUUGACCGAGGAGAUGAUUAAUAAACUGAAAGUCUAUAUCGAGGAUCCUAAUUUCCAGCCAUCAAAGAUCGAAUACGUUUCGAAAGCUUGUUACUCGUUGUGCCUAUGGGUGCACGCGAUGUACAACUACUAUUUCGUGAACCAGAAAGUAAAACCAAAGAUGGAAGCUUUGGCGAAGGCUGAGGAGGCGCUGGUGGAGACGGAAAGAACUCUGUUAGCUGCGAUACAAAGGCUGCAAGAAGUCGAAGCGGGUGUCGAGAAGUUACGAAACCUUUUGCGGGAAGAGGAAGAGAAGAAAGCGGAACUUGAGAGGCAAAAGCAGCUUUGCGAGGAUCGAAUGGGUAGAGCUGUGAGACUGAUCGACGGUUUGGCUGGUGAACAGAUACGCUGGAAGUCCACGGUGGUGGAAUUAAACACUUCUUUGCAUAACGCCAUUGGUGAUAUACUGUUGGCUUCCGGUGCUAUAGCCUAUUUGACACCUUUUACGGAUAAGUACCGUGACAGUCUCUUGGCGUCUUGGCAAAAACUUCUGGAAGGUGUGCCUCACACACCGGGUAGCGAUCCUGUGUCGACCCUAGGGGAUCAGGUGGAAAUAAGAAGAUGGCAGAUCGAAGGAUUACCCAGAGAUAUGCUGUCCGUAGAGAAUGCAGUUCUAGCGAUGCAUUCGAACCGUUGGCCUCUUUUUAUCGACCCUCAAGCUCAGGCAAAUAAAUGGAUACGGUCUAUGUACAAGGAAAGCGGUAUAUCCGUCGCAAAAAUGUCGGACAAAGAUAUCCUUCGGGUGCUGGAAACGUGCGUACGAUUUGGAAGAGUAUGCCUGAUCGAAAACGUCGGUAUAGAAUUGGAAGCAGGCUUAGACCCUAUUCUCCUGCGAUCAUUGUUCGAGCAUGGUGGCCAGUGGUGCGUUAAAAUCGGCGAAACCAUCGUCCCUUACAGUCCAGACUUUCGCCUUUUUCUCACUACCAGACUCUCGAACCCUCAUUACACCCCAGAUGUAUCCGUCAAGAUACUUCUGGUCAAUUUUGCUCUUACCACCACUGGUCUAGAGGAUCAAGUACUAUCCUUAGUAGUUAUUCAAGAACGACCUGAUCUUGAGCAAACGAGAAACGCUUUGAUCGUGUCGAACGCUGAAAUGAGAAGGGAGCUGAAGGAAAUAGAGGACAGGAUUUUGUACAGAUUAUCGGUGUCGGAAGGUUCUGCCGUCGACGACAUGGAUCUAAUUCUCACCCUGGAAGCGUCCAAAGUUAAAAGCGAAGAGAUCAAGAUUAAAAUGAAAGAGGCUGAAAUUACUCAAGCGGAUAUCGAAGUAACCAGGUCGAUGUACAUUCCCGUCGCUGUUCGUGGACAGCUAUUGUUCUUUUGUCUAUCCGAUUUACAACAUAUCGACACGAUGUAUCAAUACUCCUUGGAAUGGUUCGUGGACAUUUUCAAUCAUAGCAUAGCCGCAACAGCGAAGAGCAACGAUAUCCAGGAACGAGUCCAGAAUAUCAACCGGAACUUUACGUUCUCGUUAUUCUCGAACGUCUGCCGUAGUUUGUUCGAGAGGCACAAGUUACACUUUGCAUUCCUCGUCUGCGCCAGGAUACGGAUCCAUGGGAAUUUGAUCGAUCCUACCGAAUGGAGACACUUCCUGGCUGGCCCGGAACCUUACGAGGAGGGGCCGAAUCCAUCGCCGGAUUGGAUCACACCGCGUUGCUGGAAGGAAAUUCAAGCCCUCGAAAAUCUGUCCAAGUUCAACGAGUUCGUGGAGUCCUUCAAACAUGCGAUGUCCCAGUUUAAAGCGGUGUUCGACGCUCAAGAGGCGCAUCUUGCUCCUUUUCCUGAACCAUGGCAAACGAAACUGGACGAUUUUCAAAAAAUGUUGGUAUUGAAGUGUCUUCGACCCGACAAAGUGACCAACGCGAUGCAAUCUUAUCUAGCAAAGCAUUUGGGUCGAGAAUUUGUUGAACCACAAACCACCGAAUUGUCUGCGGUUUACAGUGAAUCUUCACCUACAACCCCAAUUGUAUUUAUCUUGUCCACUGGUACAGAUCCUGCCGCUGAAUUGUACAAGUUUGCAGACAGAUUGAAAAUGGGCAACAAGUUACAUCCUAUAUCGCUUGGUCAAGGGCAAGGACCAAGAGCAGAAGCCAUGUUGAAAUUCGCUUCUGAACACGGUUACUGGUGCUUCUUUCAAAAUUGCCAUUUGGCUCCAAGUUGGAUGCCUGACAUGGAAACAGUGGUGGAAGCACUGUCACGAGCAAAAAAUCAUCGUGACUUUCGUUUAUGGCUAACUUCUGCACCCUCGCCAGACUUUCCUGUGAGCAUUCUUCAAAACAGUACUAAAAUGACAAUCGAACCUCCCCGAGGUAUAAAGGCAAACAUGUUUCGUGCGUACCUGACACAAGUAAUAGAAAUGACAGCAUUUUUGCAAUCGGAACAUCCAAAGGCUACACAGUUCAAAUGGCUCGUUUUCUCUUUGUGUUUGUUUCAUUCGGUUCUCCUCGAACGAAGGAAAUUUGGUCCGUUAGGUUUCAAUAUUCCCUACGAGUUUACUGACGGUGAUUUGACGAUAUGUAUAUCGCAGCUGCACAUGUUCCUUUUGGAAUACGAUACCGUACCAUUCAAAGUGCUCACAUACACAGCGGGUCACAUCAACUAUGGUGGUCGAAUAACAGACGACUGGGACCGUAGAUGUGUUUUGACGAUCCUCCAAGACUUUUACCGACCCCAAAUCCUUUCUCCAACCUACGUGUUUGACGAAGGAAAACACUACUACCAAUUAGUAGAAACGGCUACGUUCGACGAGUACAUCGAGUACAUAAAAACGUUUCCCUUGAACGACGAGCCGUCGAUGUUUGGAAUGCAUCCAAACGCGGACAUAAGCUUCGCGCAGGCGGAAACUUACGCCUGCCUGGACACGCUUCUCGCUCUUCAGCCUCGUCAGAUCGGAGUUGCAGGCGCCAGUGCCGAAGAGGUCACGACACAAUUAGCUGAAGAUAUGCUUUCAGAGAUUCCGCAGAUCUUCGACCUAUUCACUUUGCAGACAAAAUAUCCCGUCUUAUACGAAGAGUCAUUUAAUACCGUAUUACUGCAAGAGGCUAUACGUUAUAAUGGUUUGUUACACGUAGUAAAAACAACGCUAAUGGAUCUCUUAAAAGCUUUAAAAGGGCUAGUCGUAAUGUCAGGACAGUUGGAAACUCUAUUUACUAGCCUAUACAAUAACAGAAUACCUAAAAUAUGGCAAGAUAAGGGUUACCCCUCUUUGAAACCCCUUGGUUCGUGGUUCCUGGACUUGAAGGAUCGAAUUGCAUUUUUAAAGUCGUGGGAAGAGGAUGGUAUACCCGCAGCCUUUUGGAUUUCUGGUUUCUAUUUCCCUCAAGCUUUCCUAACCGGCACUUUGCAGAAUUUCGCUCGAAAACACAUUGUUUCCAUCGAUACCAUCAAUUUUAGCUUUAAGGUAUUACAAACAAGGCCAACGCGAAGGCCAAACGAUGGUUGUGUUGUUUAUGGUUUAUUUCUCGAGGGAUGUCGAUGGGGAGGACACUACUUAGAUGAGUCUCUACCAAAGGAACUCUACACUAAUAUGCCUCCAAUCUUGUUGCUGCCUGAAGUGCAUCAUAAAGAACCUGAUGGAAUUUAUUCUUGUCCUGUAUACAAAACAACCAAUAGAGCAGGAACGCUAAGUACAACCGGCCAUUCGACUAAUUUUGUUCUGACAAUGGAAAUUCCUAGCCAUAAACCACAGGCUCAUUGGAUCAAACGAGGAGUGGCUUUAUUUUGUGCUCUGGAUUAUUAAAAAUAUUACUUAUAUCGCUUAUAAAUCUUAAUUUUAACAAUAUUAAUAUUAAAAAGUGAUUUAGAAACAAACUAAAAUAUAUAUUUGAUUAUUUGAUGUUAUAAAUUUUAGCAUGUAAUUCAGAAAUGCAAAUAAUAACAUAAAUAUCAAUUCAAAUUCACCUGUGCAUCCACAAGUGGUGCAGGAUGCUGAUAUGCAAGGGUUGCAUGGAUGUAAGGGAUACAGAGAUGUAAAAGAUGCAGGAAUGUAAUAAGACAUCAAACAUAAUGAAGCAUAUUAUUUAUUCA